AGAGAGAGAAAGAGAGAGAGAGAGAGAGAGAGAGAAGUGGGUUACUUCAGAAGCUGAAAACGAAAAAUCAAAAAAUAAAGAAGCAAAUUCAGCCUUUUGCUUUGAGUAUCCGCAGCUUUACCGAGUGUCACCCAGGCGACAGAGAGAAAGGAACACCGAGGGAGAGGGGGGGGAAACAUACAAGGAGACUUGGCUGAUGCAUCUCUGCGAGAGCAUCCAUUUCACGGCGAUUACAGUUUGAAGCGGAGGAGACGGUGCGCAUUUCUCGGAGAAACACGGUCCUUUUUCCUCUCCUCCCAAGUCAGUUUUCCUAGAGCGGCUGGCGGGUGGAAAGACACUUUCCUGCCCGCGUUUAUCGACACGGACAGUAUUUCAUAACAAGCCUGUUUACUUGGAGCAAAAACCAGGGCAGUUCCAGUAGGCUGCUGCGUCUUGUUUGUGGAGUGGAAUUUGCGGUCCGCAGCUCAAGACGCCAAAAAAAAAAAAAAAAAAAGAAAAGGAAAAAAAGGAAUUAUCCAACGGUUCAAGUUUUCCUGGAAGUUGCGCGGGUGACGGAAAAACAUGGGAAUUUGUGGCUAUCUGGCAGUGCCUGGGAAAUGCCUUGUCGUCCUCGGACUUAAAUUGUUAUUCCUUGUACCUGCAGGAGUUCCAGCCAGAAGCGGGGAUUCUGUAUUAAAGGACAACAUCACCGUCAGACAGGGGGACAGCGCCGUCUUAAAAUGCAGUGUGGAUGGCAAAGUCUCACGAGUGGCAUGGCUCAAUCGCACCACCAUUCUAUUUGCAGGGAGUGAGAAGUGGUCUCUGGACCCUCGCGUCAUCCUCAUGGAAAACACAGCAGUCACAGAGUACAGCAUCAAGAUCCAAAAUGUCGACGUCCAUGACGAGGGGCCAUAUGUCUGCUCCAUCCUCACAAACAAGAAACCAAAAUCCACAAAGGUACAUCUCAUCGUUCAAGUACCUGCCAGGAUCACUAACAUAUCGAAGGAUGUCACGGUGAACGAGGGCAGCAACGUCAAUCUUAUGUGCCUGGCAGUCGGUCGACCUGAGGCCAACAUCAUAUGGAAGCAUCACUCACCAAGGGGUACCCAUAAAUUUGUGACAGGUGGGGAACAUCUGGAGCUGACAGCCAUCACCAAAGAGCAGUCAGGAUCGUAUGAAUGCAUUGCUUCUAACGACAUCUCAAGCCCUGAUGUCAGGACAGUGCAAGUCACCGUUAACUAUCCACCCUUCAUUUCCAAGGCGAGGAGUACAGGUACUCCGGUUGGACAAAAAGGUGUCCUACAAUGUGAAGCCUCUGCUGUCCCGAGGGCAGAUUUCGAGUGGUACAAAGAAGACCGCAGGCUCCUCAAUGGACUUAAUGGGGUUAAGAUAGAGAAUCAAGGUAAACAGUCGAUGCUCAUCUUUUUCAACGUCUCAGAAGAAGACUAUGGGAACUACACUUGUGUUGCCAUGAACACCAUGGGAAUCACUAAUGCCAGUAUAAUCCUUUAUGGUCCAGGGGCGAUGCAUGAUGUGAACGGGGCUGCCGUGUUGCCCCGCUGCUCCAUAUGCCUCCUGCUGACUGUAACCUUACUCUACCUGCUCAAGUUCUGAUGCGAAAUGUGAUUUACCUUCAAGCAUUGAAUGGCAAGAACAGACUAUUAGUGCUACAAGAAGAAUGGAAAUCCAAGAUUGCCAGUGAUACAUUCUUAGUUUUCUUUCUUUUCUUUUGUUUUUUUCUUUCUUUCUGGCUUUGCAUUGGAGUCUGUUCUAUGUUAGCUCGCCAAGAGUGAGAGGUAUCAAUCCAAGGAAGGGAAAAAUUGAAAUCAUGCACUAAUUUGAUGAUGGUAGAACUACCGAGUUUGUGUCUCCCCAAACCUUUUUGUAUGUGAAAAGGGAAAAAAAAAGAAAAAAAAUUACAUGUACCUGUUGAUAGUUGACUGUUUAUUGCCCAAUAUUGAAGUGUACAUUCAGAUUAUUAUUAUUAUUGUGUCACGUCCUGUUCAAUAUCUGUACAAUACCAUUACGCUUUUUUAAGUAAAACACAAAAAAGUAAAAAAUGCAAUGUGAUUGUUGAAUUUUACUGUAUUUUUACAGUUGUAUGCAAAACAGAAUAACUGAUCCUUCAUAAUAAACAAUUGCGAAUAAUAAUAGUACACCAUGAUUUCUCAGGCAAAGUCCUACAGCAUAGUGCAUCCAAAUUUUUAUUUCCAUUGUAGUGUCUGUAGAAAAUGUACAAAUGUGUACAGACAAUUCCUGCACUGUUGUUUUUCAAAAUGCAUACACUUAUCAAAUUGCAUUUUUGAAACAGCUAAUCACAGUUUCAUAGCAGCUUCAUGGCAUAUUCAUACUGACAAUCUGAAAUGAGAUUUCCACGUUCAUCCAUGUGAAGUAUCAUUCAGGACAGUGGCACUGGUUAUCUGCUGCUUUGUUCUCUGCUGUCACGAGCUGAGUGAAAUGCUCAGAGCUUAUGCCAGUUUGACAGGACACAAUGUUCGUGCUGAUGGCAUCAUCAGAAUGUCAGGUCAGUGGGCGGUCGAUUUCGCGACUUGACCGCUCGCAAGGUGCUGCUGUUAAGAGAGUCAAUUUAAUUUGGUUAUCAUUUUGCAAACCCAAAUCUUUGUUUUGAAGUUGUUGCCAGUAUGAUUUAACUAUACGGUAAGCUUAAAAAAAAAAAAAAAAACAGAUUAAAAAUAAAUACAUAAAUAAAAGCACAUACAGAUAAUUGCUUUUGCGUUUCUCAGGCCGCCACAGUGGUUCUUGGGUUUCCUUGGUUGAGCAGUAGACCUUUAUGCAAUUGAAACGUUUUGUUCGGAAUUCAGAGAGUCAAACAGGUUGCUGCUUGUCACACUCAUGUUGGUGCUUUUCUUUUUUCUACUGAAUGCAAUUUACAUGUGAAUAGAGGGAUUUAAUGGCCUGUGCCUCUGUUUUUGCAGCUUAUUUUCUAAAAGCAAACUGGAAAUGUGUCUUUUUUACUGCCCAUGCAGUCAUUUCUCUCCAUCCCUACUGGUAUGGCCUUUUUUGUUAAUUUAUUCUAUUUUUUUGUUGUUGUUGUUUAUUUUCUUCUUUUUAAUAUGCCUAUUAUUUGUAUUAUUCCUUCCUAUUAAUCUAAAGUUAAUAUUGUUAUGGUCAAGUAAUCAUUGUGUGGUAAUAUAAAUAAAAAGCAUAAACUGUAUUACCAGUGCAACGCUACAGUAACAUACCUGUGAAAAGACUAAAAGCAGAAUUAUAUUACUUGCAUUAUAAAUAUUUCAAGCAUACAUCUGUAAAUUGAUUUAGCACAUUCAUUUACAUAUAUAAUAUGUACACUUUGUUAUAAUCAAGGUUUGUACUCAAACUUGCUGUCAGUUAACCAGGAAGCCGGCGUUUUCUAAUAUUUAUUCCACACGUAUUUUAAUGUGAUGUGUUGGAAAAGAUAGACUUAAGAGCUCCAUUGUUUUUUCUCAAAAACCUGCACACAGUUUCAGUCCACAUCAGCCCCCAGAUAACACAAGCAAGUCAUCUUGAAUGAAUGUUCCGUGUAGCUGCUAUGAAGCUUUUUUUCAGAUGUUGUGAAUGUGUGCUUUUAACCUGGUUUGCCCCGAGAUAAACAGCAGAUGCUGCUCUCCGGACUGCAGGAGUGAUGGUUGUGUUUUGUGGUUGGUGGAUGAAGUUUCAAGGGACAUUUUUCAGUCUGCCUUUGCCCCCAGUGACGAGAAUAUAUCUAGAGCACAAGUGAUCGCUAAUGUGAUGUUUCUUCUAUUGUCCAGUUCACUCCUGUGCAUACCGAUGAGUAGAAGUGUUUGGAAGACAAAACAACAGGGAUGAGGCUGAUGUACGUGGGAAUGCUUUUGUUGUACUCAUAUGUUAAGUUAUGUGCUUGUGAUGAUGGUGAACCAGUUAGCUGAGGUUUAUGUCACAGGAUGUGAUAUCACUUUUAAAGGGGUUGCAAAUAAAAAAACACAGACGGGGGAAUACAGACGCCUGCUCAAUUUAAGGUUACUGUCACCCUUUUCAUCCCGGACAGAUGAUCAUUAUAAAUAUUGAUGUCAAUAAGCUUGAAUGAAUUUGUUUCAAAUCCCUAUUAAAAGAGAACUGAUACUGGAAUUUACUUAAGUUGUAUUUUUGCAUGACACCAUGACAAAAAUCACAAUGCAAGUUUUUCUUUUUUUAUGGUUUAAAGAUUUUAGGUUCAUGUAUUUCACAUUAUCUAUAAACCCCAUUGAUGCAUCAUUCUCUGGACAUUUUAAAAAUUGCGGGAUUUGCCAUUCACUUGUCAUUUACUCUGUUUUAUCUCCCCCUUAAAACGGUUCUUUUUACAUGUACAAUCCCACUGAUGGUUGCAUUGUUAACCUGUUUGAAGUGUUUUCUGACAUUACUGGAGGUUGAGCAUACAGUAGUCACUAUUGUGGUAUGUAGUCAUCGUAUAAUUUGAUUGAGAGAUUGCAAAAUUGUCCAUAAACUGGUUAAAUGUG